AUGAGUGUUCAAAUUUUUGGUGAUCAGGUCACUGAAGAAAGAGCUGAAAAUGCUCGUAUGUCUGCUUUCGUAGGCGCAAUUGCUGUGGGUGAUUUAGUCAAAACUACUCUUGGGCCAAAAGGUAUGGAUAAGCUGCUCCAAAGUGCCAGCAGUGAUAGCUGUCUAAUCACCAACGAUGGUGCGACCAUUUUGAAAUCAAUACCCUUAGACAACCCUGCUGCUAAAGUUCUAGUUAACAUCAGUAAAGUGCAAGACGAUGAGGUUGGAGACGGUACAACUAGUGUUACAGUGCUCAGUGCAGAGCUAUUGAGAGAAGCAGAAAAAUUGGUGGAACAAAGUAAGAUUCACCCACAAACUAUAAUCGAGGGUUUCAGAAUAGCGUCAAAGGCAGCUCUUAGCGCGUUGGAAAAGGCCGCUGUGGAUAACUCGUCAAACGAAGAGCUGUUUUACAACGACUUGAUUGACAUUGCCAAGACAACCUUGUCGUCCAAGAUUUUGUCUCAAGACAAGGAUCAUUUUUCAAAGCUAGCUGCGGAUGCCAUUGUCAGACUAAGUGGUUCUACAGACUUGGAACACAUUCAAAUUAUCAAAAUAAUUGGUGGUAGGCUUUCCGACUCUUUCUUGGAUGAAGGCUUCAUAUUACCAAAGAAGUUUGGUAAUAAUCAACCAAAGCGCGUUGAAAACGCCAAAAUUCUGAUCGCCAACACAUCGCUAGACACCGAUAAAGUGAAGGUUUUUGGCGCCAAGUUCAAGGUUGACUCCACUUCCAAGUUAGCGCAGUUGGAAAAGGCAGAAAAAGUAAAGAUGAAGACGAAGAUCGACAAGAUCGCGAACUUUGGAAUUAACACUUUUAUCAACAGGCAACUAAUCUACGACUAUCCAGAACAGUUGUUUACCGAUUUGGGUAUUAAUUCUAUUGAACACGCAGAUUUCGAAGGUGUGGAAAGAUUGGCGUUGGUUACUGGUGGUGAAGUGGUAUCUACUUUUGACAAUCCCGAAAAAUGCAAACUGGAUCCCCUGUGUGCCUUGAUUGAGGAAAUAAUGAUCGGUGAACAAACCCUCACCAAAUUUAGUGGUUGUAAAGCUGGGCAAGCUUGUACUAUCGUCUUAAGAGGUGCCACUGAGCAAGUUUUAGAUGAAGCAGAAAGAUCUUUGCAUGAUGCCCUAUCCGUAUUGUCACAAACAACAAAGGAAACCAGAACUGUAUUGGGUGGUGGCUGUGCAGAGAUGAUUAUGUCGAAGGCAGUCGACACAGCAGCUCAGAAUGUUGACGGCAAAAAAUCCUUGGCAGUUGAUUCAUUUGCUCGCGCGUUGAGACAAUUGCCAACCAUUCUCGCUGAUAAUGCCGGAUUUGACAGUACUGAGCUGGUAGCAAAAUUGAGAUCUUCUAUUUACAACGGCAUGACUACAUCAGGUCUUGAUUUGAACAACGGUGUCAUCGCUGACAUGAGGGAAUUGGGCAUUGUAGAGAGUUACAAGUUGAAAAAGGCUGUGGUUAGUUCUGCUUCAGAGGCUGCAGAGGUAUUACUAAGAGUAGACAACAUUAUUCGCGCCAAGCCCAGGACUGCUAAUAGACAACAAAUGUAA